AUGCGUCGCGUGGUGUCUGAGGCGGGUGCAGCCGGCGCGCGUGGCUCGCACGUGCCGGCCCGGCACACGCGGCGGCGGCGCUCGGGCCGCGCGCGCCGGGCCGCCGGGGCCGCGCCGCCGGGCGAGCCGCACGCGCCGGCAUGCGACCAUAGCGGGGGCAUGCGGCUGCCGCUGUUGCCGCUGCUAGUGCUGCCGCUCGUGCUCGUCCGCCCGGCCGCAGCCGGUAUCUGCUGGUCGGGCAUGGAGCGAGGUGGUCGCUGCAGUUCUGUAGCAGCGCUUCGUGUUGGUCGAGCCGAGUGCUGCUCGGGUGGAGCCCGCGCCCCUGCAGCGUGGAGCCCUAGAGACUUGGACAGCGGAGAGAUAUUCUUCUACAAAGCGCUAUCAGGCGGUGUACCGUGUACCGCGUGUGCUGAAUCAUGUGCGGGUGUAUCUUGUGGCGCCGGCCGUCGUUGUGUGGUGCGAGGCGGUCGUGCUAGAUGCGUGUGUGCGGCAAGCUGUCGGCGAGCGGGGCCGGUGUGUGGCAGUGACGGUAGAACUUACCGCUCACUGUGUAGAUUAAGACGACGAGCCUGCCGCCGCCCCGCUAAACAUCUCACCCUCGACUACCCUGGACCAUGCAGAGUCGGCAGCUGUGACGGCGUUCGCUGUGGAGGUGAUAAACGCUGCGUUCUAGACGCCGAGCUGGGAGCGCAUUGUGUGAGGUGUGGAGCGUGUAGUGUAGCCGGCACGCCCGUCUGCGCUGUCGACGGGCGGACGUACGCUGGCGCGUGCGCUUUGAGACGCGCUGCUUGCGAACGUGGAAAAGCGCUUCCACUCGCUUACAAAGGAUCAUGUAUAGCGAACGCAACAUGUUCGUCUGUUCGUUGCGGCUCGGGUCAGCGCUGUGUGUCCGGCGGCGUGUCGGGUGCUCGUUGUGUGUCGUGCGGGGCCUGCGGGGGCGGAGCCCGACGUCCUCUCUGCGGCUCGGACCGAAGGACCUACUCGUCGUGGUGCCGCCUCCAACGAGCUGCCUGUCACGCGGGAACUGUUGUCGAUCCUCUACAUCCCGGACCUUGUAAAGGAAACAGAAACAUAACGGACAAUAGUGUGACAGAAGAGAAACACAAAGAUGUGGACUCCUCGCGAGUAAUAUAG